AUGGCCAUGGCAGAUAACAGGCAAAGAUACAUGUCGUUGCCUGAUGACCGUUUACCACCCAGAGGCCAACCCCUGGCAUAUCCCGAGGCAGUUCUACUCGUCAAUCCUAUCGAGCCUGAUCUUAAAGGAGAAGUGGAUGACAAGUACCAAUACUCAUGUGACAACAAGGAUAGCCGGGUACAUGGGUGGAUAUGCGCUGAUCCGCCGGUGGGAUUGUGGCAAAUUACACCCAGCAACGAGUUCCGAUCUGGUGGACCUGUGAAGCAAAACCUUACCUCUCAUGUUGGCCCUACCACCCUUGCGGUGUUUCUAAGCGCUCAUUAUUCCGGAGACGAUCUGGUGCCAAAAUUUGCAGCUGGUGAAUAUUGGAAGAAAGUUUUCGGCCCUGUUUUUAUGUAUGUCAAUUCGGAAUAUGCAGGAAAUGACCCGUUGAUUUCACUAUGGGAGGAUGCUAAAAUACAAAUGAUGAUUGAAGUCCAAAGCUGGCCAUACAGCUUCCCAGCGUCUGAAGAUUUUCCCAAGUCGGACCAACGUGGUGACGUUAGUGGUAGACUACUUAUCCGAGACGGAUAUAUUAGCGAUGAUUAUAUAUCAGCCAAUGGUGCAUAUGUCGGGUUAGCCCCGCCAGGAGACGUUGGGUCAUGGCAAAGAGAGUGCAAGGACUAUCAAUUUUGGACAACAACAGACGAGGAUGGCUACUUUUCUAUCAAUGACAUACGGACUGGUGAUUAUAUGCAUGGGUAGUAAACAUGGCUACACAUGAAUAUAUCUGAUUGGUCAUGGCACUAGCUGGGAAUAAAGCAGAUCUAGUAGAGUCAACUCUCGGUCAAUAUGCACUUGUUGCUUUAUUUUAGCAUUCUUACUAUGGUGUUUGAAAGCUUUUAAAUUUUUUAUUUUAUUCUUUUCUUAUAAGGGAACACGUAAAGCCAUGAAAGAUGUUUGUUUGAAAUAUAAUCGAUGUCAAGAUUUUGCUUCUAGUUAGUUUGUUAGUCAUGAGGGCUGUAAGACAUCAUUUUGCUCUUUGUGCUGGCUUGCUGUAAGAAAAUGGAUCCUUAUUUACUGGCUAUCAUUUUCAUGGAUGCCCACAAUAGCAAAGACAAAUUUAAUCAUGCUUUGGGUUAUGCAUAUAUACUCACGCACCCCGGAAUACCUUCCGUCUUCGAUGACCACUUCUAUGAUUCGGGUGAUUCCAUUCAUGAUCAGAUUGUGAAACUGGUACAGCAGUAUGGCUAGCUAGUUCUUUUAUUAACUUGUGUCUAGUAGAAAUUCUUCCUUCUUUAAGCAUUUGGACUUGUCUGCAUGUCCAGAUUAGUAGAUAUGGGUCAUUUUGAAUUGAUAUUCAUGAUUAGGUUUGUGUACAUGAGACAAUGGUGGAUUAAUGGAAAUUGUAAUGAAUGAUUUUGGAUGUAGAUUUUAUGGUUUC